AUGGCGGGUGGCGCCGGCCGGGAGGGCCUCGGGGCCGGGGGGCGAGACCCGAACCCGAACCCGGACCCGGACCCGGCUUCGACUCCGACGUGGGCUCUGGCGCCGAUCCCAGCACCGAUCCCGGCCUCGACACCCUCUUUAUCUCUGGCCUCGGAGUCUCUGCAACCCCUGCAGGACCUGACCGGCGAUGGAGGGGUGCGCAAGGAGCAGCUCCGCCCCGGCAGCGGGCAGCCCGUGCCCCCAUCCGCCUCCGUGGCAGUGAAGUACUCUGGGUACCUAGGAAAUUGGAAUAAGCUCUUCUGUUCAAAUGGGAACAGCAAGUAUCCAAGGCUGAUGAAACUUGGAAAAGACAUCACCCUGUGGGGGCUGGAGAUCGGGCUGCUGUCCAUGACCAAAGGAGAGGCUGCACUGUUCGUCCUCACUCCGGAAUACGCCUAUGGCCAGCGGGGCUGUCCUCCCUCCAUCCCCCCAAACACCACGGUCCUCUUCAAGGUGGAGGUGUUGGACUUCAUAGACUCAGAGGAGUGCGACACCUUCUUUGAGUUGACUUGCGAACAGCGGGAUAGACUUCCUCUAGAAAAGGUGUUGAAAGUGGCAGCGACAGAGAGAGAGUUUGGCAACUACUUCUUCUAUAAGCAGCGCUUCAAGAUUGCCAAGGACAGAUACAAGAGGGCACUCUCCAUCCUGGGUCGCAGCUCUUCCAGUAAGACAGAGCAGAGCCAGAUCAACGCUUCCAAACUGCUGCUGUUCCUGAAUCUCUCACUCACUUACCUGAAACUGGAACGUGCUGACCGAGCUUUGAAAUACGGGGAGUUGGCCUUGGAGAUGGACCAAGGAAAUGCCAAAGCGCUCUUCAGGUGUGGCCAGGCUUGCCUCUACAUGAGGGAGUACAGCAAAUCCCGGGAUUUCCUGGCCAGAGCUCAGUGCAUCCAACCCUUCAACCGUGAUAUCAACAAUGAGCUGAAGAAGUUAGCAAGAUUCUUGCCAAAAUCUCCUGGAGAACAACAGGCGGAAUCCAAGGUGAGAGAUACUACAAGGAGUACAUGAAAAUGGAGAAAGAAAUGUGCUGCCAGAUGUUUGACCCUCUCAAUUCUUAUGGCUGAGAAGAAAUCAAGGACUGUUGCAGCUGUCCACCUUUUGGCACAUGGAGAUCUCAGCAUCACAUACAAGUUUUGGGAAAAGGGGCAGGAGCACUGUCUUACUUCAAGAGACUGAAGUGAAGGUUCAGUGUUUAUACACAACCUGAUUUUCCUGAAGUUUGGUUUGUUUGCUAUGUUUUGAGGCAGUUUCCAGAAUAAUUGAAUCCAUGCUGUUGGAGAGAGGAAUGGGUCUGUGUAAAUUCCUUCUCUUCUCCCAUGCACACUGUUUGAAGAAAACUUUUUCCUGAUGUCCUGCCUCUUGCAGAUAGAUGCCAGGCUGCUUUCAGGAAAUUUGUAAGGGGGAGGAGGAUGCCAUGAAGUUUUCUAUUUACACAGGUUGUUCUUAAAAAAAAUAUGUUUGAUAUUUUUGUUCUGAGGAAAUAAACCAACCUGAACAUUAAA